UGAUAAACUCAAGCUGACCGUACUACUACGCGUAUUUUUUUCCGCAAUCCCACAAUGCAAUGUCUUUUAGUCAGAAUCUUUUUACAGGUGGAAAGAUGUUUUGGAAAUCGUGUGUGUUUGCGAUCCCAGAAGAAAUGCAAGAACAUUGUAUGCGUGCAGACCAGACGGGAUGACACAGUGAGAUAUAUAAAAAUAAUCUUAUUUAAAAUGGCAGAACUUAUGUGAUCAAAUUGGUCUGUACUAUUUUAUUUUUUUAACUCGAAGGAGGGUUUCUGGUUAUCUUUACCAAAAAGUGCUUGCUUUUGUCCUUAAAAACUUUCAUUUAGUUGGGCCCAUAUCGUCAUACAUAGAACUAUCCAUGAAUAAAUCAUAUGAUACAUACGCGGGACGAAAGUCCUAAACACAAUUAAUUUCAUGAAACCGUUGAAAGUUAAAUAAAUUUAGCAUAUCAUUUAAAAAUGGAAACACAAGAUAUGGCUACUGAAGAGUUAAGCAAUUCAGCUAAAUAUUUGGAUGAAACUUCGGAAAGCGAGGGUGAUCGUUCUCAAUGGUCUGGGAACUGCCGUGUUGAUGGUGUGACGAGUGUAAACAAUGAACGGGCUAAUAUUAGGGGGGCCGGGCCAGAACACAUGGAAAACCUGAGGGCAGGGGUCAUCGAAGACUGCACAACUACCGACAAAGAUGUUGAUGGCGUUGUUUACGAAGAUUAUGAUGUAGCUGAGACCGUAACUUCAUCAGAUAACAAUAAUACUGUAAAUAUAGGCCUAUAUUCAAAUGAAAUGGACCAAGACAACAGCAAUUUUAGCAACUUGCAACACACGGGGUACCAAGAGGAAGUAGCAGAAACAGAUUACUUUCAAACGGAUUCGGAUGAUGCCAAAGGAAAUGAAAAAUUCAAUGUUGAAACAUUGAGUUAUGAACUACAAGUUGGCUACAGAAUCUUGAGUAACAUGAUGAGUGCCAGCAACAGAUGUGUCAACAAGCUUUUUCUUUACCCUGUGGAUGACAACUACCCUGAAACUUCAAACUACUAUGAAAAAAUCAAAGAACCAAUUUGGAUGUUUAAAAGUAAGAUAUUUUAUUCCCUCAUUUUAAUCAUAAAUUAUAUUUACUAAAUUACUAUUUUGUAUUAUAUGAAAAUGUCUUGGUCUUGGCUUUCGAAAUCAAUCAAAUGCUGAGUGUACUGUAGACAAUUUUAAACAGGGGUGGGUGGGGGGAAGGCUAUUAAUAAAUUUAAAGACUUCUCUGGAUUUCUUUUAACAUUCAGUAAGCAUAAUUCAAUGUAAAUAUUUUAAGCUUAAAGCUAGAAAUAUUUUAGUGAAAAUCAACAUUUGCACAUAUUUUAAAAUCAUAAUCAAGUAAAUUCUCUGUCAUCUCCAGUGAAAGAAAAGUUUGAAAAUCUUGAGUACAAAGAUUUGACAGAUUUUAUGUCUGACUUUCGAUUGAUGAUUGAAAACUGCUACAGGUUUAAUGGACCAGACAAUUUUGUGUCCAAAAAAGCCCAGAAACUUGAAACCAUGAUGAAGCAAAAAGUUGCUUUAUUGUCAAGGUAUAAUUGAUUACAAUUAUGAAAGUUUGAAUUACAAGUUUACAUUACAAGUUUACAUUAUUAGUAUGAAUAUGAGGUACAGAGAAAAAAAUUUUGUGGCUUAAAAAAAAAUUGACUUCUUUGUUAAGAAACAUAACAAUUCAAAAACUUUUUUCCCUUUUGUUCAGAGAUUUGAGAGAUAAAAUUCUGGGUUCUGUAUCAUCAAAUUCUGAGGAUGAGCUUCUUACUACAGGUAUGUAGAAAUAAUAUGGCACAGAGAUGGAUAUAUGCAACACAUAUUUUCUUAUCAAAUUCACAAUAUACGCUAUCCAUGUUGUGUUUUGUGACUUCAUGUUAGUUAAUAAAAUUCUAAAAAUAACUUAAACAAGAAUCAAAUAUAGAGCUAUGCGUGUUUCGAAAUGAUAUCUUGUUAUUAAAAAUCUUCUGUACAUUUUGUAGAGGAUAAGCUAAAAUAUUUGUGGCAUGAUACAAAUUGUUAAGUCUUUUAAUUUGACCUACUCAAUUUUUUAAUUUGUAAUUGUUUCCUUUUAAAAUCUAGCUGGUUUGAGAAGGAGAAUAAAAAAUCCAAAUGUCUCAUCUGACGACCCAUCUCAGCAACUUCUUUCCCAACUUCGAAGAGAUAGAGAGAUGCAAGAGAAAGUAGAUCGUCGGCAGAAAGUUGAAGACAGGAAAGCAUUGGAGCAGGCUAAACAACAAGAAUUACAAGACUGGGAGGAUAAUAUGCUUGGACCAGAUGUGAAAAAACAAAUAAAAACUAUGUGGGAAGUGAGUAUUAGGCCAGAUUCAUUGUAAAGUUUUUGAUUGUGGACAAUAAUUAUCAGCCUCAUUUAAAAAUUUAUCUUGUUAUCCAUUUUGCUAAGAUAAAAUAUGUUUAGCUUGAACUCAUUGCAGCAUUAACCACGAGGCAUGUGGCUGGGGCCACUCGACAAAGGGGCCAAUUUAUUAAUGGAGUAUUUUGACUAAAUACUUCCCAGAGCACAUUUCAAAAAGUGCACCCCUCCAACACACAUUAGUUAGGUCUUUAUCAGACACUGCUUGAACUUUCAUUUACCUUUUGGGUUCUAAUUAAAUUCAAUACUAUUGUUUUAUUAUUAACUGAUUUGGUAUGAGGCAUUAGAUGAUGCCUAAAUUUCUACAUUAAAAAAUCUGUCAAUAUUUAAAAAAAAUAUUUGUGCAGCUUCCUCAAAUAGGAUUGUUUGUUUACCUGUGUAUGGAAAGUCUUGGGCUAGAAGAGGAAAUUACACAAUACCAAUUAGAAAGGGGUAUUGCCAUGCCAAGGGAGUGCUCAGAUUUCAGACGUCUUAUGACCUGUUUACUCUCUACACCUCAUCAACGGAAAAGGUAUUAUAUAAUUUAAAUUUUGAACUUAUAUAAUUUAAAUUUUGAACAAUAAGCUUAGUUUAAAAUGUUUUAAAGUGUUAAAUAUAUUUUAAAAUAUUUACCAAAAAGUUUUACAUUAUUUCAUUUGGCCUACUUUAUAAAUUUCACUCUGAAUGACCAUUAAGUUGUUAUUACUGUUCCAGAAUGCUGCCAAAAGUAAUUAUAUUUUUGUAACGUUUUCAUAGUUACUCCUAUGAUUUUAAAAAUAUUUUUAAAUGUGCUGAAGGCCUUUGAGCAAUUAUAAUUGACCCUAAUAUUUGCUGCAUGGUGCUGAGUUGGGAGUGAAACCUUGAUUUAAAUAAUUUAGAAUUUUUUAAGGUCUUUAUUUUGUGAAGAAUUAUUUUAUUUUUAAUUGAUAUGCAGAUUAAAUCUCUUUCUAAAUUUAAUUGUAAUUUGUUUUCAGUUUGAAGAGUUUCAUGCCAUACCAGGUUUGGAACUCAAAACUUUCUAUGAAAAUAGAUUUCUUUUACAAAACGCUUGCAGAGAAGAAAGGAAAUCACAUUCAGGUAAAAACAAUUUUCAAAACAUUAGACCAAAAAGAAAUCUUGCUUUUAGAAAAUCAUUAAAAAUCUGUCAUUUUUGAGUUUGGUAAAUGUAAGCUUCUGCUUAACAAAUUAACUCAAUUUUCAUUAAACAAACCAUUUUUUAAAAUUGCUUUUAUUAUUUAAAUUAAUUUUAUAAUUUAAAGUUAAUGUGUUUUUAUGUCUUAAAGGCUUGUUACAAGCUUGGCCUAGACUCCAGAGGUUUCAAAAUGAUGGGUAAGCAUUUAUGCUAAUAGGAUUUAAAAAUUGUAAAAAUAUAUAUCAGUAUCUUUAUGAUUACUUCUUCAUUAUUGGUUACCCUGAUGAUGCAGACUAGGGAUUUGCAUACAGCAACUUUUUGUCACACUAAGCCUGUGAGUGAAAGGGGAUUUAUAUCUUUUACAUCUUCACAACAUAUGUUAUAUUGUGACUGUGUAGUGCUCAUACAGCAAUUGUCUCUGCCGUCUCUGUAAUUUCACACUCAGCUUUAUUCAGUUUUUAAUUAACGACGCUGUUAUUAAUUUUUGAGAAUGGGCAUCUCAACCACUGGAGAAAAGUGAGCAAACAAAUUAGAACUUGCCUGAAAACGAAUGUGGUUACUGAUUUGGAACAAAUGAUAUUUUCCUUAUCAAAUCAACCCGUUUACCACUUAGUAAUUGACCCUAAUUUAUUUCAUACUUUGAUUGCAUUGAAAUCAACUUUACAGUUUAUAUCGUCACAUACAAGGAAUUAGAUUGAAGUAGAACCAACAAAAUCAGUCUCUUGUGCCUAAAUAGCCCCAAAAAUUGUGAACUCCAGUGAUUCCACUCGAGCUGUACUUCCCAUGAAUCCAAAAAACAAUUCUGAAACUCAUCUUUUGGACUUUCUGGUAUUUCGUUGAAGUCUGUGGCCAUUUGAGGUGUAUUGUAUUAUUAGUCUUGUGUAUCUAUUGAGCUCCUCCAAUUUUUUUUCCUUUAGUUUCCUCUAGUGUCAACUGUUCUACUGCUUUGACUUCCAUGCCUUCAUUGUGUGUUGUUAUCAUUUAAUAAUAAUUUGAUUACCCACAGCAGCCAGAUGAUAAUAGUUUGCUUAUGCUAAGUCUUUGUGAGCUUAGUUUGAGACUGUAAUUUUGUAAAUUUUAUCUUUUGCAACUCAUGUGGGAACCUUCAAGUUUGGAAUAAUAUGUAGAUAAAAAAUUUUGUGGAGCUUUUACAAUUAUUUUUUAUCAAACAAACCUAUCUAUUGAUGAUUUAAUUAAAGUUUUGAUAUUUAUGUUAAAUAUCUUACAUCUUUUAUUUUUAAAGAGAUAUUCAUAAAAAUUGAUUUACAAUUCAUAAUCUUUUUAAAUACCUUAUUAUGAAAACAAGAUGCUUGAAUAAGAAGUACGAUUUAUUUAUUUUGACAAUUAAUUUUUUUGUUAAUAUAGCUUCCAUUCCUCAAAGAGUAAUCAAUAUUUUUUACAUAUUUACAGGCAAGAGCAACCCGCUGUUGAAAAAACAAUUUCAUGAACUCAGUUACCUGAAAAGAGUUUGGAUUUUAAAAAACUAUUGUGAUUUUUGCAUGGUAUGUUGAUUAAUUCAUUUAUUUAUAUGCAUUUUCCAAAUAAAUUUUUAACAAGUUUUGAUUUUUCUAAAUGUUACCUGGAAAAUUUCACUUUGCAGUACUGAAUUUUUAUAACAAAAAAAAUGUACAAUUUUGUUCUCAAGACGAAAAAGAGUAAAAGAUUGGGUUUAUUAAAAAAAAAUAUUUAAAAUAUUAUUUUUUGGUUAAUUAGGCUAAAUUUGGUAUCAAAUGAAGGAUAAGACUUCAAAGUUUUAGUAAUAAUUUUUUGCUGUUAUUUUAUUAUGUAGGAAACACAACAGUAUCUUCAAAAAACUAUAGAUGAUAUUGAAGCAGUUCGCCCAUUAGAUGUGAGGGAAGUACUACUUGGGUCUGAUGUUAGAGGAUAUCGCUACAUCAACUUUCCAAUGUUUACAGGGAAAGAUAUUCGAAUUUAUAAACAUUCAAAGACUCCAGAACCUAGUCUGGAAUCUUUGAGUAUGGCUGACUGGUCUGUUGACAUUGAGAAGGUAAGAAGGCAUAUUGUGGUCAACAUUUAUUGUAAAAUUUAUUUUUAAAAAGAGAAAAGGAAGUACCCGAUGAUUAAUUUGUCAACAAGAAUGGGAGGUGGAGAAAAUGAUAUAAAUAAUUAAUUUUGCCCACAGAGUCAAAAAGGUUGGUCAGCACUGCUUUAUAUCACUGAAAGCAAAUAGGACAGACUAUUUUAUAUCAUUAGGUUGUAGAUACGUACUAAUGGAAGAAAUAUUUUAUUUUCUGUAGAUUUGGUAAUGCUCAAUUAAUUUAUUUCUAUUUAGAUAUAAAGAUAAUUUUGCAUAAUUAAAUAUGUUAACAGCCUUCUGCUUCAUCAUCUCGGUGUUCAACACCCGUAAAUCCAAGAAAAAGUCGUUUGACAGAAACACCAUCAACAUCACUCCGAGCCAGGGCACUAUUACAGGCAGUAAGUUUCUAUACCCUGCCUUUCCCCUUAAGGGUUUUCUUUCAUUUUAGAUUUAAAUAAAAAUGCUUAAGAUUUGAAUAAGAAAUUAUCUUUAAAAGACAAGAUGUUCUCAAGCCCACCAACUUAAUGUUCAUUUAAGAUGUAAUUUGUUUUCAAAUGAUAAAUAUUUAUAAUAAAAUUCCAGAUUACAAUUUUGAAAAUAAUCCAAUUUAGAUUUUGUGGGAUGGAAACACAUUCUAAUUGUUGAAUUUUAUCCAUCGGUGCUAUUUGAUCAACUUAACAUUGUAUACUGUUUUCAAUACUUUUUGGAAUGAUUUUUUUGUUUUCCCCUCUUUCAAGGCUGAAUCCAAAGAAGCAUCUCCACUUAGAGACACCUCAAGAUCAGGAUCUGAGGUGCCCGAGUCCAAGAACUCAGUAUCUCAAACCCCUUUGUCCGAUACUUCAGAUCAUACACCUUCCAGUGGAAAAACUGGAAGUGCUAAGAAACGAAAGCGUGCUAGUCUUUUUACGGGUAAGCGGAAGCGCUUGAAACCCAGAAGUAAAAAGACCACACCCUCUGGCAAACAAUCUGUAGAUUCUUGUAAUGUGAUUGAGGAGGAAGGGGAUGAGAAUGACCUUGACUCUAGUGAUGUUCAAAAUGAUGCUCAUUCCAUACUGGAAGAUGCAGACUCAAACAAAAGCGAUACUGUGAAUUUAACUAAUUGUAUCAAAGACGGUGACUACUUACUUGUGGGUAAAAAAGCAUCACCCUUAGCUCUUUCUAACUCUGAGAGCACAGUUCUGGAGAACAAAAAUAAUCCUGAUCUAAAUUCAUUCAGUAGUGGGGGUUUACAAAUUGGCAACAAAGACUAUAACCCACUCAAUGGUACGAAUUUAGAGUCUAUACAGCAGUUGCCAUCAACACAUCAGGACAGUGCAUAUCUUUCAUAUGAGAGUGAUAAAUCUCUAAAGGAUGAUGAAGGGGUAGUAGGGAGUGGUGAAGUAAGUAAUUCUGUGAUACAAAAUGGUGUCUCCAAAGUAAGCUCUGUUGUCAAAACUGAAAUUACAGAGGAUGUAAAGAGAUUGAAAAUAAAAGAUAAUGAUGAAGCCAGCACUAAACAAGAGAUGUUUGAUAAUAUAGAGAGAACUGUCCUUACUGAAAUCCAAACUGGUUCUGAAAUGCAGCUCAAGACAGAAUUGAAUUACCAAGAUGGUGUCAAAAAGGAGAUCAGUAAGUCUCCAAUGAAUAAAGACAAUGGGAUUAAGCACAAGAAUGUUGUGAAUAACCACAGUGAUGGUCAGGAUGUGAAGGAAAAGGUGGAACUGGAUACAGUAAUAGAGUCUGUGAAAAAAGAAUGUGACAAAGAUAAACUUGUGACAGAUGAGAAACCUGUAAAUAUAAAAAAUGAAGAAGUGAAAAAAGAAGAAGCAGAGGAUGAGGAAGAUUCAGAUGAAGAUGAGGUAAGUGAAAACUGUCCUAUUAAAAGUAAAAUUAGAAUAUUUGAAAAAAAAGAUUUGUUUGUGAAAUGAUAAAGUAUACAACAAUAUUGUCUGAAUCAAUGGGAGAAGUAAUGUAUUAAAUUUUAAUAAUUUUGGUCGUAAACAGCUUAAUUGGCAUGAUUCUGUUACAUGUUCGGCACAGAUUUUGCCUAACUCAUUGCAACACAAAAUAUGUUGACUACAAAUUGUAGCAUUUGUUUGCACUUCAUAGUUCUUUUUAGCAAAAAAUUUCCUUUGUGUUUUUAUAAUUUUGUAAAAAUUUAAUUUUUUGAUUAGAGUUGAAAUUUUAAAAUAAUCACAGUUUCACUGUUAAACUAAAAAAAUCAAUGUCAUGUCCUGUUUACAAGUACAGAGGCUGACAAACAAAAUUGUCAGGUGGAAAAGUAUUCUCAAUUAUUUAUUUGAAAUUAAAUUUAAACAUGGAUAAGACUGAAGGCUUGGAAUAUGUUUAUAAACCCCAAAAUAAGACUCUGAUAUUAAACAAAGAUAAUUAAAAGAAACAACACUCAAGCAUGCUGGUAAUGUACUAAUCAAAAGAUGUAUAAUUUAAAUUAUGAAUGUUCUCCUACUUAAGAUAAGUAGUCAGUGUCAUGAGAUAAAAGAAAAAGGAAAGGAGAGAAAAAAAACAAAAAAACUAACCGGACAAUUCAUGGACAAUUCAUGUACAAAAAGUUUGUUAAAUUUUUAUUUAAUUUUGAAAUUUAUAUUAAUACCUUGCAAGCAGAUCUCUGCAUUCAGAAGUGAGUUAAAACAUAUCCAAUUCUAUUCUAAUAGCUGGUGUCCUGUAAUUCUUCUUUUUUUGAAUUAUAUAUAUUUCAAGAAGAAAAAAGAGUCUUCACUGUUUACAAAUGUUUUCAUUAUUAAAUACAUUUUAACAUUUUUUGUGUGGUUACUCAAUACUUCAAUAAUUUUUUUUUACCUUUAUUUUCCUUUAUGAGGUGAUCCUUGACCGUAAUGUUUUUUAAACUUAAUAGCAAAUGCUAAAACUUUAUUCAGUGGUAAAGUUAAUUAUGCACUGAGUAAAUAUUCUUUAAAAUGUAAAAGAUAUGGUAAAAUCAGUGUUAAAUUAUAACCCUUAAUAAUCUUGAGUUUAAGCAGAGGUUCAAAACAAUUUUUUAAAAAUUGUUAUUGUGUAUAAUAUAUCUGCUAUAAUUAAAGAUUUAACCAUCAUUCCUCAAACUUAACACUAAUAAGAAAUCAAGCACAUUAUUAAGGUAUUAAAUCAAAUAUGCUUCAUUUCAAAAUCAAUUUUUCAGCAACAAUAUUGAUUCCGAAUCAGGCUAUAAGCAAGCAGGGUAAUUUAUUUGAAGAUAUUUAAGAAUGAGCUAUGCUGACCGUAAUGCCAAAGAAACGAAAAGAUUUAAAUACGUUUGGAUUAUUUUAAAAAAUCAGUUAUUUUAUUUUAUUUUACGGAAAUCAAAUAAAUUUAAAUGCCCUUAAAAUAACGUAAAUACGCUUUUAUUUUAGUAAAAGUUUAAGCAUUAUUAUUAUAAAUUACAAAUACAUUUAAAGUAACAACUAAGGAACUAUUUUAAGCAUUUAUCCGAAUUUAAAAGUUAUGGGGGAAAAAAAAAUGUAUGAUCUAAGAAUUACAAUAUAAUCACAUUUAUCGGGAAAACCAAAACAUCAGUUGUUUUUAGUGUGUUGUUCAUAUUGAGAAAAAAAAAUUAAUUUGUUAAUAUUGAUAAAUAAAAAUAAACAUUAAUUUGUUCUAUAUAAACAAGCAAAUGACGUCAUAGCGUCAAUCAGUGCAGCGAAAUUCCAUAGGCAAAUUUUAUUAAUUUUAAUUAAAUGGGGUGGGGGGGGUCAUUUCGGCCCAGGCAGCACAAGAUACGUCUCAAAAUAAAGGAAUGAAUUUGAUAAAUAAUUAAUCUUUUUGGAUACAUACAUAUCAGAUGUAGGAAAUAGGAUGUGUACAUUUUACGUGGAUGACAAUAUAUUUACAUCUUAUGGUAUAACAUUUGUGAAAGAAGAGAUGUUACAUUCUCUUUUUACAAAUACACAUACGUUUACCAAUGAAGAAAAUCAAUGGCGUUAACAAAAGGUGGGUACAUUUAUAUAAGUAUACUCAUGAAUAUCAAAACCCAAUCAUUUUACACACUUGAACAUUUAAUUUUGAAAAAUGGAAAUGGGUUAAUAUGCUCUUUAAAAAAAAAAAUGAAAAUAUAUUUCUGUUUUUACUUUACGAAAUGCAAAGUGGGAGUGUAUUUUUAUGAAAUUAACAAUUUUAAAAAUAAAAAAAAAAGAGUCUGUUAUAGAUGUAAAAAACGGUUGCGAGAUUCUUCUUUAGAUAAAAGAGUUUUUUGUUUUUCUGAUAAUGGUAUAAUUAAAAAAAACAAGGCUAAAGUGUUUAAAUUUGUAAAUGAAAAUAUCAAUAUAUCAAAUUUCUUUAAUAUAAAUAUUUUUAUGUCAUAUAUAGAGUUUUUGUUGUAAAUUUAAGAUUAUGUUUUUUAACAAUUUUUAGACCAAAAAAUGUCAAGAGCACGAAAAGGGGAAAUUCAUAAGUAUUUCUCUAGCUUAGAAAUGGUCCCUCAAUUAACUUCUUUAGUGACAAAAGUGAUAUAUUUAGUGAUAAUUUAGAUUGUUUUAUUUAAGGUCAUGUUUAGAGGGGGGAAAAAGGAAUUUAGGGUCGUGAAAUGGAGUAGGGUAGGCGUAUAAUAUAUAGCAGAUAAAUACUUCUCAAAACUUAAUGAUGUUAGAAGCAUAUAUAUCAUUAGAUACUUCUUUUUAAAGUUAGGAAUUGUGAUGAGUUUUUACAAUACCAGGUAGAAAUUUCGCAAAGGGCCUACCAUUAUUAUCCCAAUAACAUUGGGUCCUUUUUUCUAGUUAACUCAUAAAUAAAUUGCAUUGCUUGCUUCUAGUCUUAUUUGGAAUCAAUAUUGUUGCUGAAAAAUUUAUUUGGACAAUUUUAUUUUUUCCUGUUACAAGUUACUUAUCUAACUUAAUUUGUAGUCAUUAUAAUCUUUGAAGAUUAAAAAAAAAAAGAUAUUUACAUUAGGGCAUGGAGUUUUUGUGAAAGCUUUGAGAAAGUUGAAAUGUAUUAUAUUGUUUGUAUACUUUUGUUAUAAUUAUUAGAUUCCUGAUGUGGGUCAUAUUGAGUUAAUAGCAGAGAGCAUGGAAGAUAUUCGACAACUAAUGAAUAAACUCUCUAAUCCAGAACCCAUAAAGAGAGGGAAAAGGGUAAAUAUUUAAAUAUUUUUAAGUAUUGCAUUAAAUUAUUCACUCAUGAAACACUUUUGGCAAAUAAAUUGAUUAAUUAAUUUAUAUCAUUCCAGCAAGCAAAGAUUUUUAAAAAAUGGUAAUGUUUUAAAUGUGCAGAAUAAAUAAUUAUUUAAUGUGCUGAAAAUAACUUAUAAUCAUGCAUUUUUUAAUAAUUGCAACAUAUGUUGGGUCUUAAUAAUUGAUUUCAAAAUGCAUUCUGUAGACAUAUCCUGGGGUGAUGAAACCAUGUGAGGAAGAACUGCUGGCAAAUUUGACCAGGUUUCAUGAUGAGCUUCUAAAAUAUGAGAAAAAUCUGGCCAACGCUAGAGUCAGCAUGCAGUCAAAACUCCGCAAAGAAGUGGAUAGUUAUGUGGAACCUAAAGUUGAGGUAAGGAAAAAUUAAAUUUCAUUAAUUUCAGUUUUACUUUUAAUAUGAGUGGGAUAUAUAGCAAACUGUUCAAGUUAUUUCAUUAGCAGUCAGCAGUUUAUUCUGUCUACCGUAUUUAUGCUGCCUGUACAGCGACAUUUAUUUACAAUUAAACUAAAAAUUAAAGCAGGAGUAUAUUUGAAGAUAGUAAACACAAUUAUUUUAAAAAUGGGUUCAUUGCCAUAUGCGUUUAAUGAAUGAGCAUGCCGUACAUAACAGUAAGGAUUUAAAUAGACAGUCAUCCCCUUAGGAAAACUUUUCACUAAAAUGACCAGCCAGACCCCCUCAUUGUAAUUAAACUAUAAAUUGAUGUUUAACAUACCAGGGAACCCGUAAUUGUCUAACUUGUAUUGGCAACUUUUAUUUACUGUGGUUUAUUUUUUUAUAGGAGUCUAGAGGUUGGGACAGUGAUCAUUCCCAGAGCAGCAAGGACUCAAGUGAUGAAGAAGAAGUUAGUAAACCAGAGCCAGACACCACCAGGCAGUCAAAAAGAAUAAAAAUUAAGCAAGUCACGGCCACUACCGCCCUUUUGUCUUCUGCUGCUUCUAAGCUGUCUUCCAUCACAGGUGAAGGGAACGAAGACAGCAAUGACAGCUUUGAGCUGGACAUCAGCUCGCGUGGGAGGUUGAGAAAGCGGCGGAUCAUCCCGAAUAACACAGAGGACACUGGGUUAAAGAAGAGAAAAAACUUACCCAAUCAAGAGAGCUUUUUCUCGACACCUCAGAAGGUCUCAGAAUCAGUAACCAUUACCCAGAAUUCAGUUACAUCUCUGCAAGAAAAAACCUUGCCAGCCAAUAUUAUAUCUAUGCUAGCAUCUAGCCAAUCAAAUGCAGCAAUCAAAGCCCAGUUGGCCUCCCAGACUGCCAAAGGACCUGGUCAGAUUUUGCGCUUUGUUGCUCCAGUUUCUGAUGGCGCCAUUAAAACAUUACGGUUGACUGGUAAACCUAACAUGAUUAUCUCGCCUCAAAAUUUAUCAAACAUCAGGUUUCUAACAAGCACAGGGAUUGUCACAUUACCCAGGAACAAAAUCAUCUCAUCGUCAUCUGCCCAGACAUCUCACCCAGUUAUCCAACAGUUGUUGCUCAAUCAAGCUCAGUUGACCACCUCCACCAACACGGUUUUCUCAGCGAAAAGUUCCAACUCCUUGCCAAGUUUGCAGAAGCAGCUGUUGGAGACCGGCGUUAAGCCGCCAGCCGGUGGCCAAACCGCAGUCAAGGUGUCUCUUGUCAUCACAGCCCCGAAUUCACUGAACGCCAUGUCCAAGCCAUCCUUCGUUAUGGCGCCUCAGUCAAGUGGUGGUGUUGUAGUCACACAGAUGUCCACCACAUCUCAUACUGGCAAGCCGGUGUUGGACCUUGGAAGUCUGUCCAUGACUCAGAUUCAGCAGCUUAUCAAAAGUCAGGCCAUUCAAAUCAACACAGGAGCAGGAAACCCCACCACUUUGUUACUGACCUCAGGUCUACAGCAACUGGCCAUGAGUCGGCCUUCUGUUCUAGCUUCUAACGUACCCUCAACUGCAACAGCUCAGAUAAAAAUUCCCAGCAAUCUUGUACCGGGACAGACCAAGUUCAUUGCCACAGGAGCAUCAUCUCUGCUGACGAUGAUCAACAAAAGCCAGAAGGUGGCAUCGACAACCCCAUCACAGAUUUUACUUAGCAACAAGCUCAACCCCUUGCUGACCAUAUCAGGCCAGCCAUCGCAUGUCAUCAGAUCACAGACACUGGGAGCACCACAGCCAGGCACUGUGCUGAGAGUAAACACACCCAUUGCAACUGUUGCUAACUCUGCUCCACAAGGGAUCCUGCCGAUCAGAAGCAGUACUGCAGCCUCUCAUAUUGGUGGGAAAGUCACAGCAAUAAUGAACCCUUCGGUUUUGAGACCAGCAGGGCAACCACAAAAGCCCUUGCCAUUGCCUAGAAUUAUAAGUUCCCUCAACCCUUUUUCUUCCUUGAGGGUCACAGUGGCCCCAAACAGUAAUGCCACCACAGCCCCAACACCUUCAACGCCUCCGCAAGCACCAGUAGCUGGUCAACUGACCGAAGCCAAUAAAGCUAAAAUUAUUAGUGUGCCAGUCAUGUCCCCUGCUAAAAAAUAUGCAAGUAAUGUAACAGUCAAGGCUCUGCUUGAGAACAGAGGUUCCAAAAGGGCAGGGGAAGAAGACUCAGAAUCCUCACAGGUUUCCACUACAUCAGUCAACGGAGAAGGUGGAGAAUUUUUAGCAUAUGGGUCCGAAGAGAUAGAAAAUCAUGAGCUUCAUGACACCACACCUGGUUUCGAGGAGAGGACAACAGGUGUCAAAACUGCUGGGGCUGCAACAAUCAUCAAAACCCUCCAGGCUAAUAAAAUGGAACCAAAUUUCUCAGUCAAUGGAAUCUUUCCGAUGACUUGUUCUUCUGCUACUUUAGGCAGCUUUAUCCCUCACACACAUCCUCUGUCGGUUGACACUGGGAUUCACUCCCGCUCUUCAUCAACCACUUCAUCUGAGGUCAUAGUUCCAACAGUCAAUAUUAAAGUUCCAUCUCCUAAUACUCUUCCCUCUGUUCUGCAUAAUAAAAAUGGAACAACCAUUGUCCAGUCUACCAAAGUGCCCAUACCUGUGGCAUCGGAAGCAAAGACAGGUGACAGUUUAAGCCCUAUGGGAUUGACAUCAACGAUUCCAUGUCAAGGUUCAGCCAUUCAGUCAAUCAAUGUAAUGGCCAAAGUGGGUGGUUUAGCCAGUAAUGGUUCCUUAAUUACGCCUGGGUCGAGUCAAGGCUUGCCUUCCACAAUAAAGCUUGUGAGCUCAAAUCCAGCAGGUCCGCAGCUGACAAACCAAGUGACCACAAUGAAAAAUGUUAUGGUGAAAGUCAGCCCACAGACUGGUGGAUCUGGGCAGUUUGUCCAAGGAUUUAUGACGUCUAGAGGAUUAGUCAUUCCCCAAGCUGCUUUACUGCAGCAGCAACAAGGCAGCAAUGUUAUCCUCACCAAUGUCUCACAAACUGGUGGUUUAACCCAAAUGCAAUCCAAUCAAAUUCAAAUCCAGCCCUCCCAGGUACUUGGUGCAGGUAACCAGGCGACAACAUUCACCAUUUCAAACAAUGGACAACAGGCGAUUGCCAUAACCCAGCAAAUGAACCAGCAGCCUUCCCAGCAACUUUUAGUCGCUUCUCCCAACUCCUCUAUUGGACUAACCAGUCAGAACACCAGCCCGAGUAUGAAAGUGAUGUUCUUGAAUCCCACUAUUUCCUCUAGCCAGCCUUCCUUUACCACCAGCAGUAUUAUGUCGUCUAGCAACACCCCAGCUUCAGAGUUGGUCAAGCAGCUAGCAAGCAAUACACAACUCCAAACUAAUGCACAGAAGCAGCAGAUAACUAUUAGUCCUGUGAGUAGCCAGCAAAAUGCUUCCCAUUUGCUCAGUAACAUUGUCCAAGGUGUGAGUGUCCAGCAGGGUAGCAACAGUACAAUGAUGCCGGCACAGAACAUCGUCAAUGCCCAAUCUGGUGUUGGUUCACAGUUGGCUGCUCAGAUCUUCACCAUCCAACAAGGGAACCAAUUACAGCAGCAGCCCAACAUUGUCCUCACCACCAAACCUACCCAGGCUCAGGGUAAACCUCCGGUCGUGGCUCUCCAGCUUCAACAAUUGGGGCAGCUGCUGAAUCUUGGUGGAGUGACCCAGCUUCAGCUUCCCCAGCAGCAGUUGGCCUCACUGCAGCAGCAGUUGAACACUCGAGUAGGACAACCGAACCAGGUUCUUCAGCUGUCCAUCAAUCCUCAAACUGGAAACCAGACCAUCAUGGCGGCCCCACAGACAUCGCAGGUUGUUCGUGUGGCGAGUCAGCUGAGCCCACAGAACCAGGGAAUAGCUCAGAUGCAAUCACAGGGUAAUCUUGUCAUCCAGCAACCACAGCAGCAGACACAAAACAUUGUCAUACAGCAGUCUAAUAUUCAGCAGGGAGUUAUGGGAUCUGGUGUCAACCUUCAACAUGCAAAUAUCAAACAGCAGUUAACCGCUAUUCCUCAAAAGUUCGCCAAAACACCCACUCUUCCAACCACCAAAGUCCAGACGUCGAUGGCAGGCCAUGUUCAGAACAGCUCUAACGUGGUUUUGUCCCAGCUGCAGUCCCCAAGUGUGUCCAUUGCACCCAGCUCCGUCAACCAGUUUCAGUACGUUCUCAACCCAUCCAUGGUAUCACAACCCAGUCUUUCUGUUGCCAAUGUCUCAGUCAUGUCUUCCCAGCUCAACAAAGUUCCUGCUGGUUCCCUUACCGGUAAUGUCAGUCGAAUUAUUAGAGCAGAUUCGAGUAUUUUGCAGAACAGCAUGAACUCACAGAACUCCACGCUGCAAGGUCUGAUGCCCUCUCUGACACAGGCCAAUCCCUCUAUGCUGGUUAGCAACUCUACACUGAGUGCAUCCAGCCUGUCUAAUAAAGGGCUGUCUCAGAUGAUCAUUCCUAACUCAGGUGCUGGGCAGUUCCUUAUCUCCCCUGUCAAACUGACAGCGCAAGGGCAGCAGGCAAACAUCAUCAGCCCCAUCAAGUACAUCAGUGCACUCCAGAGCCCUAAUUCCUUAACGGGACAGAAUUCAACCCAGUUUGUAAUUAAUAACUCAACUCUCCCAGGGAUUCAGAACCAGAUGUCUGUAAAACCAGCUGUAAUUUACGCUGGCCAGGCAAAUGCUGCUUCAGAUAAAAAAGAAGGAAAAGUUGCUCAGAUUCUACUCAGCCAACCCUUGGCGAAUCUAAAUUCAAACCAAACACAACCUGUCAACAGCCGCCCGACCAGCAACAACACUCUUCCAGUCUCAGUAGCAGUUGGAGUUGCUCCUGUAGCUUCCAAAUUGGGAAAUGACAACACUACCAAGACAAUUUUAUACAAAAUUGGUGACCAGUAUUUCUCCCCCGCCAACAACAUCGCCGUCAGUAACAUCCAGCAAGUUGUGCCCACCCAGUCUCCAAUGACUACCACCAUUUUGUCAACCAAUCACAACCCAGGCCCCAAAACUGAUGUUCAGCUCCUUGUGCCCCCUGCUUGUAUUGAAGCAUCGGAUCAGAUUCUGAAACAGAAUAACACAUUACUGGCUGCAAAUCCUACGUUAUCAACAGGAACUGUUGUCACAUCAUCACUGGUUCAAAAUCUCGGACAGAUGAGGCAGUUGGGAACAGGCGGCCGAAGUCAAGACCCCCAGAGUGGUUACAACACCACAAACCAAUUAUCAGCAGGUUCAGUUAAUGGAAUCCACCAGGGCAAUACACAGUUUUCAUUUUCUCUGUCUGGGCCAUCCACACUUCACAACAAACAACCCAUGAGAUCAGAUGGAAAUCCAAUGUUUAAUGGCCAGUCAUCUGGUAUCAUUGGCCAGCAACAGUUUACAGGUAAUUCCUUGAUGACUCAGGAUACUGCUGGUGGGACAGCUCCGCCAGUCAGUAACACUGAUAUGCCACUAAGAAGGAAUGUGUUUUCUGGUGAUGUGUCAGUGGGACAGCAGCACAGACAAAUGUCAGAUGACAACUCAACUCUGAGUGUUCAGGAGCAAAAUGAAAAGGAAGCAGCGUUGAACCUUCUUACUUUGGCCAACCAGCCAAUUUAGAAUAAACUUUGUCAAAACAUUCUAUUUAAAAAAACACUUGCCAAUCAGCCCAUUUGAAGUGAACAUUGUCUGAAUUUUACCUUAAAGUAAACUUUAGGUCAAUAAUUACAAUUAUUUGGUGCUUUGUGGCUUUUGAACACCACCUGUGCUACAUGCCAUUAAUAUUUAUAUUCAUAAAUAAUUACAAUAACAUUGGUUUUCAGGCUGGAAAUUAAUUACUAAUUAUUAAGAUAUACAUAAAACAUGCAUAUGUAAUAAUGUGUCACAAAAUGUCACUUCCUUACAUGUAUCAUAUGAGUAAAGAAGAAUAAGUUACUCAAAUUUGAUUGUGCACUGUAUGAUUUUAGCCAUGCAUCAUUUGUAUUUGGUCAAGGAGC